ACGCGACCAUGACCAGAGAGCUAAUUGUUCUUCUCCUUCAAAUCUUGGCUUUCACUAAGGCUCAAGAAGAAACCGUCUGUAAGGAUGGGGUACAGCAAGUGAUAGAAGUACCGCCGACUCCUCCACCAUUUAAUUGUGAAGACCUGGAAUGGCCUAGAGACGACAAGACAUUCCUUAUAACUAAAGCUGAUCCAGAAGAGGUGGAGUUCGUGUACAGAGAAAGAUUCACCUUAACUUGCAAAGUUUGCACAAGACCGGGCUACAACGUGACGGUUACAGACUUGAAGUGGUCUAAACAAGAGGGAGAAUUGUCACCAGAAGUCCGCGUUGGGGUUCUUGACCUUACUUCUCGGCCUGCAGAAACUAGUCUCAUCUUUAGUAUUCCGGAUGAAGACGAUGCCGGGGUAUACAAAUGUACCCCUAGUGCUACUCUGACUUUAGAGUUGCCACCUCUAGUAGUUCCGCCAGAGUCGGUGCCGGAAGAGCCGGAAGAAGAACAGAAUGGUCAGAAUAAUAAUAGCGCCGUAGUACCAGAAGUAGUGCCCACUGUCAAUGCCACCGAAAACACUCCUACAAUGCCUCCUGUCCUUAUUCCACAGUACGAAACGAAAGUAUUGGAAACCGAUCGAUACAUUGCUUAUAGCGUUGUAAAAGAAGGUAUACAGACGACUAUUCCAACGAUCUGA